AUGUGGUUUUACUUUUUGUAUUUUAGUACAGUGUGGAAUUUAAUUUAUGCUUUUUUCUUUUGUUUUUGUUCUGUCCGUGUAUCUGUUUGGCAAAAGAAAUUGGUAUUGGAAAAUUAUUUUUCUACUGCAUUGAGCAAGAGAGAAAAUCAAAAUAUACACAUUAUUAUGUCGUUGAGUUCUGAAAUUUCUAGAAAAUUCGAAAUUGACAAGACUAUUACAGCUCAACUAGCUGCAAUUGAUAAAUUAUCAAUUGAUAACCUAAUUGAACUGAAGAAACAAAUUGAGUUUCAACUAGAUGGACAUAUCGGACAAUUAGAAAUAUUAGAAAAUGACGGUAAUAGCACGAAUGGUACAGGCAAUUAUUUAGUAGAUGGUUUCCCAAGAAGUGAUUUGGAUUUAAUUUCAAUUAGAUUUGUAAGAAGAAAUAUAAUUAUGCUGAAGAAUGAUUUAGAAAAAUUAAUUAAUAUUCUCUAUGAAAAAUUAAAUAACAAUUCUAAAUUAUCAUCAAAUAAACCAAUUCCACAACAAUUAAAAUCGUUUAUACUCUUUUCCGGAAUUGUGAAAGGUUCUCCAAGUGAAAAAUCGGGUUUAAAAGAAAACGAUAAAUUAAUUACAAUUAAUCAAUUAAAUUAUAAAAACUAUAAGAAUUUAAAUGAUAUUAAACUAAUCUUACAAUCAAAUUUAAAUAAAAAUGUUCAUUUGAAAAUCUUAAGAGAAAGUUCAGGCAAAUAUCAUGAUUUAAUAUUAAUGCCUACAGAUAAAUGGAAUGGUCAAGGUAUACUAGGCUGUAGAAUUACUGAAAUAUCAACCUAG